AUGUCACCUGAUGGUAGUUGGGCAAUCUUUAUUGAUCAGUAUAAUUUGUAUGUACAUUCAUUAAACGAGCAUCCCACAAGGCAAUAUCCAUUAACGUUUGAUGGCAUGAAACAUUAUAGUUACGGUGUAGUACCUAAAAGUCCUGAACAGUUUAUGAUUUCCCAGCAUUUCAGCUUACCAGUAAAGCCAAUUGGUAUAUGGUCACCAAAUUCAAAAUUAUUUUUAACACAUUUAUUAGAUGAACGUGAUUGUCAAGAAAUACAUUUAUUACAAACUGUACCUGAACAUCAAAUCAAGAAUAAUAAUUCUGUAGAAGCACAUCCUACAAAAGUUUUUUCAUAUCGAUAUCCAAUGGUCGACGCUAAUAUACGUUUUGUUGAACUUUAUAUCUUUAAUACUGAAAGUCGUCGUAAAACUCGAAUUCAAUUGCUAAAUCAACUUUCAUCUUUACCAGAAAUCAUUUUCAAUUCAAAUAAUAUACAAUGGCAUCAAAAUAGUCAACAAAUGUGUAUUGUUGAUAAAUAA